CUUCGCUCAAUUGUCAGCCCUUUCCAAAUGUCAGAGCGAUGAUCUCGAGUUCCCAUUGGCUCCUGUCUGCAAACACGUCACAAUCAUGAUUAGAAUUGAUGAUCGGACGUUCUGAUUUCAUUGUCUAGCAAACGGGACUGGUGAAGAAAUCUGCUGAAUUUGAACGUCCGUCUGAUUUUGACAUCAGAAAUGCCACAUUACCCAGCAGUGUGCCAGGUACACUGAGCCACGAUGAGUACAAACAAAGUUGUGCUUAUCUAGAAACAUGGAGGUUUUGCUGUGAUCUGCAUGGCUGCCCCGUUCCCCUCCAGUAGCAGAAUGGAUGCGUGGUCACAGAGACGUGGCCUGCAGAAUAUGAACCUGCGCUCAGUUUUUACGAAUGAGCAGCAGAGGAUCCUGGAACGUUACUAUGAUAAUGGGAUGACCAAUCAGAGCAAGUCUUGCUUCCAGCUAAUACUGCAGUGUGCUCAGGAGUCCAAACUGGACUUCAGCGUGGUCCGGACAUGGGUUGGCAACAAAAGACGUAAGCUGGCCUCCAAGGUGGAACAAAAUGGAGGCAUGUCUCAUUCCUUCUCCAGUCACGGACUCACUGGGGGAUUACUCUCCAAUCACUCAUUAGCUGGAGGUUCACUGUCCAAUCACGGCCUGGCUGGCGGGGCGCUGCUUCCUGCUGAACUGGCUGCGGCGCGCAACAUCCAGAACCGCGUCCACCUUCUGCCUCCAUCCUCAUCCUUCCCUUCUUUCUCCUCGACAUCAUCCUCCUCUUCCUCUCCCCACAGCAACGGAAGCAACAACAACAACAACAACAACAAUGACGUCAUACUGACCGGGAUUUACUCUCUAAACUCUGCCCUGCCUCCCAGGCCGAGACCCUCAGCCCCGCUAUCUCAGUCAGACUCCGAACUUCCAGCAAACACAUCCACCACCUCUCUGAUCAGCCGGGCCCUUCAGAGCAGGAACAGCUCCACUUCCUCACCCCACCACUCCAAGCUAGUGUCGCUCACUCAAAACCUCCCCCUCCUCACGUCUGCCUCAGGGCCUUUAGUCUACACUGCAAUCAGGAAGGGAGCGGUAUCCCUUGUGGAGGCGGGGCUAAGUGCAGGAGCAGGGGUGGUACCUCACAGCUGGACCAGGCAGUACGGUGCAGCGCAAACCCCCCCCUGGUCCUCUUCCUCACAGUCCCAGCCUCAGCACAGACCUCACUCCAACCCCCAACCUCAACUUCGACCACCUGCCCCUCAGAAGACUCAGGUCUCCCCCCCAGUUCAAAACUGCGGCCCCUCCUCCGAACAGUCACCUCGUAUCCAGCAGGUCUUCACCCUGUCAGAAAUAAGCAAGGGAGACAAGCUCAAGCCGAGUUAUGCGUCUGCCCCGAAAAGCCCGGAGAGUCAUAGGCCGGCGCCCCACCCUCUGGACGCCAGUCCCAACUUCUCCAUCGCCAUGGAAACUGGAUAUGAAGAAGACGAGUGGCAAAGGGAAGAGGAGUUGGCAAACAUGGCCGCUCAGACACAUAUCCACAGGGAGCGGACGCCAACGAGCGGGGCCGAAGUGUCAGUUGGGAGAGGAAGAAACACCCCCCCGAUGACGAGCUCCAGACCCUCAGCGCUUCACGGCAGCUACUCUGUCACAGCACAGACCUCACCUCCAGGGGAACCCAGCGCACAGACUUCAGUCCGUGUGUCUGCUGCCCCCUGGGUUAUCAGCAACUCCAGAAAAAGAACACUGCAGGAUCGGACCCAGUUCAGUGAUGGGGAUCUCCUCCAAAUGAAGCGAUACUGGGACCGAGGCAUGACCAGCCUGGGCUCAGUGUGCAGGGAAAAGAUCACCGCCGCUGCAAACCAACUCAAUGUAGACACUGAAAUAGUCAAGACAUGGAUCAGUAACAGACGGAGGAAGUACCGUCUGAUGGGUAUAGAGAUCCCUCCACCUAAAGGGGGACCUGCUGUAUUCUCCACCGGGAACGAGUCUCCCGUGAGCCCCGACGAGGUGGGCCUCAGAACGCCUGAACUCGGAGAUGACUUGAAUGACGAGGGAUCAAUCUGCCUGUCUGAAGAUGGAACCAUCGACUCUCAUCACAGAGAAGGAGAUGAUGGUAUAGAUCUGUCUGCUGCUCCACUGGCCAAUAAUGUGAAGAUCGAGGUAAUGGAUGAGGAUGAACAUGACGAUGAUGAUGGCGGUGAUUUAGUGGCUUCAGACCUAGAGCAAAUGCAGGGCCUGUUGGAAUUCAAGCAUGAGGAAGUGCAGUUCUUAGAGAUUGAGCUAGAGAACCAAAAACAAAGAUACGACGAUCUUGCAAGCUUCACUAAGAGCCUACUCAGCGCUGUGAGGAACAAUGACCUGGAGAGACAGCAGGAACUCAUGGCCAGUCUACCUCAGCCUUCAGAACAGGACUGGGACAUGAUGGUUGAUAGAGGAGCGCAGCCUGCUGCUGAGUCAGCGGACGCAUCCUCGAACCACAACGGCUCCCCGAUGACCGGCGCGGGCAGAGUGGAGCCUCCACCCGAGAUAGCGAAAGAAGAAGUCCCAUCUUUCAUCAUAAAAAAAGACUAUACAACGACUAAAGUUACUGAGCCCUCUGCAUCAGAGGAGCGACUGCCGGAGGCGGUCACAGAACAAAAGUGACUAUGUCAUGUACAUCAGCUCACAUAGACUCAUUCAGAUGUUUCCACACUCCAUGUAGAAGCUGGUUUCAGAUUUUAUGGCCCACACGGUCUCACAUCUACAAAAACACUCAUGAAUUCAUGCUCCGCACACAGUGCCUGUGGAUCGACGCUUCACUAUGACUGUUGGGCUAACAAAUGCCUUUUUUAACGCAUAUCAUUCGCCUUGCCCUGGGUCAGUCCAGGGAGAACAAUAAAAAACCUCUAACUUA